AUGGAUGAAUAUCCGAGAGUGGGAGGCUCGGUCAAGCGAGCGAGAGAACAACUACAAGAUGGCUUGCCUAGGACGGAACCUUCGACGAUGCAAGACUCCUCGAGCGGGACCAGAAGGUUGCAGGCUCCCGCCGGGCGACAGGUGAAGGAUGGGACGAUCGGUAUGGCAAUUUCGAGACCGAUACCUGUUCCUCAGUGGCCACUGGCAGGCCCUGUAGCUCCUCCUGCCUCUAAGGACUCUAAACCUUAUAGGCCUCCUCCCGGACGAUCACAGCCGCCCCAACGACCUCCUCGACCGAGUAGAGUACCUUCGAUUCUGGACGCUUCCCGCGUCCAAGAUCCAACGCCUACUUUCCAAUAUAUGCCUCAGAGUUCAGGGAACGUAGAACCCUUAAGUCCGGUAACACCAGUUACUCAGUCAUCGAGACCCUCAACCUUUUCAUCUGUUGGAUCGAUACCCGACUUUCCUUUGCCUGUGGCAGUGCCUAAUGCCGUUCCAAGGCGCAGCGUAAACCUUGGUCCUCCACCAUCUUCACGAAGGGGCGCUUCAUCGUUCUAUUCGACUGCAUCAUUUGUUUCUCCUAUUCCGGAAGAGAGUCCCCGGAUAAAGUCGCAUACCUCGUACGCGUCUAGUACCGCCAUUCCAGAGAGUUUCGGGAGCCUAUCACCAAAUAGUCAAAAUGAUGCAUACUUUGACGAGGCAAUAGCAGAAGAGUCAAUCACAAGUGAGGAAGCGGAUGUGGAUGCGGAUGACAGCCGCCUAGUUAGAAGUGCAAGCAUCGGCAAAAGGGGAAAGCCAUCCCUCGUGAAUACGAAGACUAAUAAUGGGUUGCCCCCGCGAUCGCUACGACCCGCGCCGCGACCUAUACAAGGCAGUCCAUUCGCUGGGGGUACAGGCUAUGUUGAUGGCUCAUCCAGCUCUUCAGCCCUAAAUACAUCAAAAAACUCCGGUGAUUCAGAAUUGACGACUAACAACAUGUUGAAUGCCUUUGAAAGCGCAAGCGCAACAGACCCAUCUACGGUACUUCGAUCGGAUCCAUCACAAAAGCCUUCAAGGCUACCGGGUCUGCGACGACCACCACGUCUCGAUAUUGAUGCGGUCCGAGCGGCCGAGGCGCGAGGCAGCCUUACUAGUUUGCCAGAUUUAAUCCGACGAGCAACUAGACUAGCUUCGAUGAUGGAUAGGGGCAAGAGACCUGCUAGUCGCGUUGAUGAUCUAGAUUUUCCACCAGAGAUAUAUGGCACAGAUACGGAGAAGAACGACUAUUAUGAGUUAGACAAACACCAGUCAGGGUUGUCAGACAUGCUUGCUGCAUUCCCCCCUCCUGCGAGCCGGCGUAGCUUACGCCAGAGUAUGUCUUCAUGGCCAUUGCCACUACCACUACCUAGACCUGCUUCACGUGUGCCAGCAAGGCUUGGGGAAGCUGCAAGCGUGGACGAAUCUGAAAAAUCAAAACCCCGACGGCGGUGCUGCGGUCUUCCCCUUUGGAGGUUUCUGCUCAUACUCUUCGUUAUCAUUGCCAUUAUCGUUGCUGCUGUCGUGGUUCCCGUUGAGCUCCUUGUGAUCAACAAGAGUGACGCACAGCCAGUUCAAAACUGCAUGGAGGAGCUCCGGUGUGCUAAUGGCGGGACAAGCGUGGUUACUCAAGGCGUGUGCUCCUGCAUCUGCUCUAAUGGAUUCAUUGGUAGAGAUUGCACAACUCCCGCGGCGCAAGGCUGCACGACGACAACACUCGAGACCGAAGACGCUACCAGAAUUAACAAUGUGACAAUUGGGCAGGCAAUCCCAAGACUUGUGCUUGAAGCGCAAACAAAUUUUUCCAUUCCUCUCAGCGCGACCUCCAUCAUCUCGAAAUUUAGUUCAGCCGAGCUCUCCUGCAACGCCGAGAAUGCAUUGGUUACAUUCGAUGGGGUAUCGCUUCGCAUGCUCGAUAGCCAAGGGGAAAGCGUGGAUCUUAGUGGCGAUGGUUCUCUUGUGCUGGCUGCAGCAGCCGGUAACCCGGCCGAUACUGAGAUCACCCUUACACUUCUCCCUGGGAUUGAUGCUACCAUCACCCUGGAUGCGCCAAUAGGAACUGGUCACAUAUUCGUGACCACGCUCACCAUCGGUGGAUCGGUGACCACUUCACAAGUUGGAUACCCAACCGCCGACCCUCCAACAUACACUACCUCACCAGUGACUUCUUCCACGACAACUCGGCCAAGCAGUACAUCGAGCAAAACGCCGAGUACGAUGACAAGCAAUACCCCUACGAAGUCGAGCUCAACAACCCCUAUCGCGCAGCCUACGGGUGCCUUCACGGUUACUGACACAGUGGUCGACUUCGCGCGCGUAGCUGUCCUCUAUGUUUUGCAAGAGAAAUCCGUUGAACAAGCAUCAGAUGCGCAGAACCUCAUUCAAGAAUUCUUCAACGAUGUUGAUUCCGAUACAACAGUGGACCAGGCGCGUAACAUCACUAUAGGCGGCAACAACUCGGUCGACCUAGUUAGUCUAUUCGUCGAUGUGGGCGCUGGCAGGUUGGGUGGAAGCAAGAAAUGA